CUAUACUUAAGUCUGUUUACAGCACGUGUGCAGCUCUUUCUUCAUACGCUGACUGCAUAGUACCCUCGAACUCCGUCUUUCUCUGCUUUCAUCACCCCAUUCGUUAUCGACAUGGAGGCAGCAUCUGACCCAUUAUCUUGGGAUAGCAUACCCUCAAUACCCCCGUCUGCGAUGCGAGCAGUAAAAGAUAUUACGUUCGGGAGUAUCGCAGGCAUGGUCUCCAAAGUCUUUGAGCACCCAUUUGACUUGACGAAAGUGCGAUUACAAUCUCAAGUUCUCGAUACCACCGCUAGAUUCAAUGGACCAAUAGACUGUCUCGUCAAAACAUGGAAAAAUGAAGGCGUCAGAGGUCUUUACCGCUGGCUGCCAUGCUGGAGAAACGCUUCGUUGUUCAUGUCAUAUAGUGAACUUCAAGACGUGAUACGGCGGAUCAAUUCUCAGCCCUUGUCAUACGAACUUUCGUUACCUCAACUUGCAUUGGCUGGUGCAGGCGCAGGCGCCAUCACUAGUUUUUUACUGCAAUUCACACCUGUGGAGCUUGUAAAAUGUAAAAUGCAAGUACAGAUGAUUGCUCCCAAGCCGCUUUCAGUCUCGAUACCUGAAUCCACCGCAGCAGCAACCCUAGACUCAACCCUCGGACCUGUUUCUCGACCCCUUCCCGGUCCUAUAGCCGUUCUCAUGUCCGUCAUCCGCACAGAGGGCCUCCGCGGCCUUUGGCUCGGCCAAACUGGCACCCUUAUCCGUGAAUGCGGUGGCGGGGCUUCAUGGUUCGCCACGAAAGAGUUCGUCGGAACAACCCUAAUAAAGCGGCGCGGGUCCGAGCUUACACGGAAAGACAUCGUCCCAUGGGAAUCUGCGUUGUCUGGUGCAUGCGCAGGCGGUGUAUUCAACUUUUCUAUGUUCCCCGCCGACAGCAUCAAGAGUACGAUGCAAACUGAGGAAGACUUGCGUCCUCGAGGCAGUAAUGCCCCCAAGCCAACGGGCUUUAUGCUGGGUGUGGUAUUACCUGUUGCUCGAUCAAUACCCAGCAGCGCCAUUAUAUUCCUGAUUUACGAUGGCCUGAGUAGCCGUUUUGGGUAGUAGAAUGGGCAAAAAUAAAUUGCGACUUGAAUUCGCACCGAGUGAUGCAUACUACUUAUAUAGAUGCCGGGAUUGCUAAUCCGGCCCAUAAAUACUCUUAUUUGGCGAUU